AUGGACGAGACAGCAGCUGAGGCCGAAUGGACUGAAUGGUUUGACCGCGAUGACGAGAGGGGGUCAGGUGACUGGGAGAAACUGACCGACCUCCACAAAGCCUUUCCAGAGCGUCUGUGCAGUAACCCUCUUGAUAUUGAGGCUGAAACUCUUGACGGCAUCCCUGCCAACAUGACAGGAGAAGUCUUCUCCAAGUUUGACAGAAACUAUGGCUUUGUAUGCCUCAACAAAGAGCAGGUGGAUGGGAUUUGCCACAACUACCGCGUGCGUUUCCUGUGCGGCAAACUCGUGCGUCCACAGGCCUCCAUCUCCAUAGACACUUUGUCUAACUGCAGUAUUCUGGAGCUUGCGGACGAACCUCAGGGUUGGACAUUCAGCGACAGGAUUGUGGUGGCAAGCACAGAUUACUCCAUGCACCAGGCUGAGGAGUUCAGCAUCUUGCCUUGUCCUUCCUGCACGAGGAACCAGAUCAAAGUGGAAG